UGGUGAAUGAUGUUUGUUUGAACAGUAACCGGCUGUACGAUAUAGUGUGUCAAUAUUAGUUUUGAACAUUGAACUAUUUUUCCCUUUUUUCGUCAUUUCUACGAAGGUAUGUGGGUAAGGUACAUACAUAUACAUACGUAUGAUCACUAAUAUUAACAAUAAGUAACCAUAUUUUCAAGUGAAGAAUCGUGAACGUUUUGAAGUAUUCCUGAGUUUUGAAUAAUUGGUAAUGGACGACGAAAUGGAUGUUAUGGGACUGCUACGUAGUUUGCAACGAGAAAAUGCGAAGAAUAAGUUAUCACGGAAAGACAUUUCACAAAUUAUAUUCCAGUGGUAUUUAAAGAAAAUGGGGUUCAUCCAGAUCGAUGACAGUAAAUUUGAACGGAGAGUCUUUGGCAUAAAUAUUCCAUUCGAAUUUGAAUCGAGGAUCGAUGACUCCUACGUUGGGUUGGCACGUCGUCCGCAUGCUUCGGCGUACCAUGGUUGGAGUUUGAAAUCUUACUCUUUAAAUCCAGAGCAAUGCCAUGUCGAGAAAGACGCGAAGAAAUUACGUGCUGAAAUGAAGAGGUUGCACUCCAACUUACGAAAAGCUUGGGAGAAUAUUCAAGACGAUACAACAUCGUCAUCGUCGGAAAUGGACACGGAUACGGAAUAGGUAUUAGAUCGAAUGCCACCGUAAUGGACCUUACCACCUUUCAAAGACCCCUGGUACAGUGCUUAUCUUAUUCUUAUAGCUGCGGUCAACAUAUCCAAUGUACUUCAGCAAACAAGUAGUUUUAUUGAAGACCUUCAUUAGCUAUCUUAUCUUCGGUAUAAAGAUGUAAAGAAUAAUCAAUUACCUACCCCCAUAUGCAGUUUUAAUUUAUUUUGCUCUCCAAUACAAUUAUUUGAUCAAUUAAUCUGUAAUUUUUGGCAAUUCAUUAGUAUUAGUAAUGCAUACCUACCUAAUUUAUAUGAGGAGCUUGGUGACAAAGUUAGACAAACGCCACUGAGGGCGCAUACGGAAAGGGACCUAA